AUGUAUAUAUAUAUAUAUAUAACUGUAUACAUAUGCACGUGGUAUCGCGCGCAUAAUCCGACUGCGCGAUACAUUGCAUUAUUACAUCGCUGAUAAUUCGCGAUCGACCGCCAACGCUGGCCGCAGUGGUUAGUGUGCCGAUGAAUUGCGUGACGCUCAUUGGAGAAUUCAACACGCGAUUCAUAACCUUCAUAGGUUAGACCGCGAGAUCGAUCAACGAGGAAGGAAGUCAAGAAAGGAAAAAAUAGAUUUAGAGCGAAUACGAUGCGGGCGGCUGUCGCGGUGCUCUGCGUCUUCCUCGGUUGUUGCACCAACGUCGUGUUUCUGGAACUGCUUGUCAAAGAUGAUCCUGGCAGUGGGAAUCUCAUUACAUUUUCACAAUUCCUUUUUAUAUCCAUCGAGGGAUUCCUAUUCACAUCCAAGUGCGGCACUGUCAAACCAAACAUAGGCAUAAAGGAUUACUUUAUUCUGGUCACAAUGUUUUUUGUCGCCAAUGUAUGCAAUAAUUAUGCAUUUGACUUUAAUAUUCCUAUGCCGCUACACAUGAUAUUUAGAGCUGGUUCUCUUAUAGCUAACAUGAUUAUGGGGAUUAUUAUUUUAAAUAAGAAAUAUACAUUUAGCAAGUACCUGUCAGUAUUUAUGAUCACCACAGGAAUAGCGCUCUGCACAAUUGUUAGUGGCAAGGAAAUCAAAUCCUUGCAGCAGAAAAAUGUGCAAGUAGCUACGACACCGUGGGAUGACUUUUUCUGGUGGGCUUUAGGCAUAUUAUUACUUACGAUCGCUUUAUUCGUUUCUGCUAGAAUGGGUAUUUAUCAAGAAGAACUACAUAGUCGGUAUGGUAAAAACGCGCGGGAAGCUUUGUAUUAUACACACUUGUUACCCUUGCCGUUCUUCCUAACGCUAGCGCCUAAUAUUUACGAUCAUUGGAACUUCGCACUCGCAUCUGAACCAUUAAGGUUGCCUGUGAUCGGUGUAUAUAUGCCAUCGUUAAUCGUAUAUUUAAUUGGAAAUGUUCUAACGCAAUACAUGUGCAUCAGCUCUGUAUUCGUAUUAACCACGGAAUGCAGCUCUCUCACAGUUACUCUGGUAAUAACGCUGCGAAAAUUUCUGUCAUUAUUAUUCUCUAUAGUUUAUUUCAAGAAUCCAUUUACUAUAUAUCAUUGGAUUGGUACGCUGCUAGUCUUCGUAGGCACAAUUAUUUUUACGGAAGUAAUACCAAAGAUUAUACAAAGCUUACCCAAGAAAAAAGUGGAAUAAUUCAUUAAUUUUAAGAAUAAGGCAAAUAAUCUCCUAUUGACUACGAAU